AUGGCUGUAUAUCAUAUUCCUACUCCACCAAGUUCAUUAACUAAUGAGCACAUGUCUCAUCCAUUGAAUGAUAUAGAUGAACGUGAUAUGCCACAACCCUCAUCAACGUUGACAUCCACACCUCCAAGAAAACGUAGUCAUUCGGUAUUACAUUGGAUGCAAAAAGCUUUAAAUGUAAAAACGACUGAUGAAAAUCAUAACGAUUCAUCUCAUCGCCAACGAUCAUUGUCAAUAGCACAUCAUAAUACAACUAGUCCAUCAGUGAAAUCACCUCCCGUCAGUUAUCCUGGAAAAAAACAUGGCCGACCAAGAUCAUCGACAAUGAAUUCAGUAGAAUCAACAGACAAAAAAAUGCCACCACGGAAAAAAACCAUUUCUGACACAGACGAAAAAGCACAACAAACACGAUCCGUAUUUGAAUUUGCAUUUUUUCAUUGA